AUGCCCAAGUACACCCUCUACCAGCUCGUAGGCGACGCAGAGAAACCGGAUGGCCGUGCAUUGUCGCCACACGUUUGGAAGAGCAAGCUUGACCUUGCGUUUUUUGAGCAGGAGGUGAAGAAGGUCGGCAAGACGUUUCCUCAGAUCCGGGGAGAGCUUGCAGAGUCUACCAAGAAUCCUGCUGUCACAGUGCCGACUAUCGUAGAUGAGGACGAUACCAUCAUUACCGACUCUUGGAAAGUCGCCGAAUACCUUGAAGCAAAGCAUGGUACGCCGGAGAAAUCACUUUUUGGAGGUAAAGCCGGGAAAGAGUUUGCCAAGUUUAUCGAGAUUUGGAGCAACACCACCCUGGCGAACGAGCUACGUCCUCUCAUUGCUCCCGCCAUCUACGAACAUUUUGACGCCCCCUCCCGCGCCUAUUUCCUCAAAUCCAAAUGGCAAAACGACCCCUCCCUCUUCUCCGCCCACCAAACCAAAUUCUCCUCCCCCUCCGUCCUCGACGCCCAACUAGCCUCCGCCCGUAAUCGCCUCACCGUCAUUGAAGCGCUCCUCGGGUACAAGAAGGAAAAGGACGAGCCGCUGUGGUUGACGGGGAAGCCGUCGCAUGCGGAUUUUGCGCUGUUUGGGUGGUUUGCGGUGAGUCGGGUGAAUGGGAGUGUGGAGAAGGGGGUCUGGAGGCAUGAGGAGAAUCCGUUGGUGGGGGAGUGGUUGGAUUUGGUGCUGGGGAGUGGGUUGGUUGAUAAGAGUCAGCUGGAUUGA